AUGUCCCUCCCCGCUUCUUUCAAGGCCGCCAUCCUGACCCGCGCUGGCGGCCCGCUGGAGAGGGUCACUCUCGAGGCCGACGGGGUCGCCGUCAAGAUCACGGCGACGGCCAUCAACCCCGUUGACUGGAAGCUGGGCGCCGCCCCGCACCUCUUCCUUGGCGACAACCUGCCGGCCAUUCUCGGCACCGACGCGGCUGGCACCAUCUCGGCCGUAGGGUCGGGCGUCUCCAAUUUCUCCGUGGGCGAGCGCGUCUUCUUCCAGGGCCGCAGCAGGGACUUUGACACAGCCUCGUUCCAGGAGUACGCGCGCACGCCCGCCGCCGUCGUCGGCUACACGCCCGCUCACAUCUCGGACGAGCAGGCCGCGGGCGUCAGCCUCGCCGGCAUCACGGCCGCCAUCGGCCUCUACCACACGGUCGGUGCCGCGCUGCCCGCGCAGUGGGACGCCGAGGGCGGGUCGGCGGGCAAGGGCAAGGCCAUUGUCGUACUCGGCGGCAGCUCCUCUGUCGGCCAGUACACGGUGCAGCUCGCGCGCCUGUCGGGCUUGGAGCACAUCGUGACCAACGCCAGCGCGCCGCACAGGGAGUCGCUGCAGAAGCUCGGCGCACACGUCGUACUCGACCGCAAGACGCAUAACAACGCUGCCGACUUCCUCGCUGCCGUGGGCGAUGAUCUCGAGCUCGCCCUCGUGUACGACACGAUCAGUAGCAUUGAGACGCAGGUACUUGCCGUCGAGAUCCUGCAGGCGGCUAAGAAGGUCCGCGGCGAUAACGGUCACGUCGUAUGCCUGCUUCUGCCGGAGGAAAAGGCGGUGCAGUUGGGCAACAAGACGGAAGGCGGCGCGCGCGCUGUUGUUAUCAAGAACAUCAUCGCCGUCGGACCGGCCAAGGAGUACCGCUACGUAUCGGAGCCCUUCUACCCGAACGUUUCUAAGUGGCUCGCGAGCGGCGAGCUUGUGCCUAAUAAGACAGUCGUCGUCGAGGGCGGUAUCGCUAGCAUUGACGACGCCCUCAACAAGCAACAGGCCGGCGUUUCGGGUGUCAAGGUAGUUGUCAAGUUCUAG